CAGACUAAGUCAAAAACAGGUUGCUAAAGUAUUUUUGACAUUCGGCUGGAGUCAAAAAGCUACAAUGGCGAAGACGUCUAAUGGAAAGGAUACUCGAUCAGGAACACAAGUGUCUGUCGAUGACUUUGAGACUUGGGUAGAAGACAAGCGCUACACGGUCUAUAAGGUGGUGGUGAGGGGACCAACGCGGUCUUGGUUCGUAUUUCGCCGCUACAAUGAAUUCCAUCAGCUGAAUGAAUUGCUAAGAAAACAUUUUCCUGAUCGUCACCUUAAACUUCCUUCCAAGCGAUAUCUUGGAAACAACUUUGAUCCAAGUUUUAUUAGGAGUCGAAAAGAUGGUCUGGAUCGCUUUGUCCAGGAUGUACUUGGGAGCAAGAGAAUGAUUGAAUUUCCUGGUGUUCGUGACUUCCUAGCUCUCGAUAAUCCUCGUGGAGGUUUGGCAUUGUACGAUGAUGUUCCAAUUGACGAACCACCACCCAUUGUGGGUCCUGGGGCUAAUGCUAACAGAGUGAAUAUGGGAGAAUUUGAAAACAGAUUGGCAUCAAUUAAGGAUUUUGAUCUUUUGAAAGUGAUUGGCAAGGGUAGCUUUGGUAAAGUGUUGCUUGCAAGGCACAAGGAAAAUGGCCAAUACUAUGCCAUUAAGGUGUUGCAAAAAGUUUCUAUUAUGAAACGAAAUGAGGUGAAGCAUAUAAUGUCUGAAAGAAAUGUGCUGUUGAAAAAUGUCAAACAUCCUUUCCUUGUGGGUCUUCAAUAUGCUUUCCAGACACCAGACAGACUGUAUUUUGUAUUGGAUUAUGUCAAUGGUGGUGAGUUAUUUUAUCAUCUUCAAAGGGAGAGACAUUUCCACGAGACAAGAGCACGUUUUUAUGCUGCUGAGAUAACAUCAGCAGUUGGAUACCUUCAUUCAUUGAACAUAGUGUACAGAGAUUUGAAACCAGAGAACAUUUUGCUGGAUGCAGAAGGACAUGUUCGUUUGACUGAUUUUGGUCUUUGUAAAGAAGGAAUUGAACCAGGCAUGACAACGGCAACAUUUUGUGGCACACCAGAAUAUUUGGCACCAGAAGUGCUACGAAAGCAGGAAUAUGAUCGUGCAGUAGAUUGGUGGUGUUUGGGAGUUGUUUUGUAUGAAAUGAUGUAUGGACUGCCCCCGUUCUACAGUCGUGACACAGCAGAGAUGUAUGAUAACAUUCUUUUUAAGCCACUGAAGCUUCGAUCUAAUAUCACUGCUGAAGCCAGGGCAAUACUAGAGGGGCUUCUGCAAAAAGACAAGACCAAACGAUUAGGUUCUGGCCCUGGAGAUGUGCAUGACAUUAUGGGUCAUCCAUUCUUUCGUACAAUUGACUGGAUGGCACUGUUUGAGAAAAAGAUCAGACCACCAUUCAAUCCUAAUGUUAAAGAUCAACUGGACUUGAGACAUUUUGAUCCAGAAUUUGUCAGUGAACCUGUACCAGCAUUAUCAUCAAAACGAAGUGAUGGUGUUUACAGUGCAAGUGUGGAGGAUGAGAUGUUUGCUGGAUUUUCAUAUGCUCCCGAGGAAGUACUGACUAGCAGCUAGGAGGAAAGUACAUCAUCAAUCCUUGAUACUGCCAACCGUAAUCCACUUUAGUUGACAUCAUUUGCUGUAGCCCCCAUUCAAAGCUAACUUUUAUACAUAGUUUGUUUCAAGAAAUGUGUUUAAUUAAUUGUUUUAAGGAAUUGCUGAAAUGCAUGUAGCUGUGUCAGUUGGUCAUUAUUACUUAUUUUGUAUCAUAAGAAAUAUACCACAUUGCUGUCA